ACAGCCGAGCCGGCAGACAGUACGUCACUUCCUCAAGUUAUUUCCAUUUGUUUGUGGCAAACGCCAGCAGUUAUCUGGUACCUCUUAACAUCAAAUAUAAGGUUACUAUUUCAUCUUACGGCAUGUGCGGGUGGAACCAGCGCUUCUUUUUAUUUAUAUAAACAAUUUUUGUGUGAAAUUAUGCAGGCUAUACAAUAGCUACAUAACGCGUCGGCGUAAGCAGAGGCAGGAAAACGUGCGUUCGCCACCAGAAGUAGUAGAUCUGCUAACGUUAGCUAGCUAGUUUAGGUUAAUUGGCUAACUAUUGUUAGCUUCCUGGGUCCUGGUACCGUUGGUGUUGCAGUGUUGGGUAUAACGUUGGCUGACUCGCAGCUGUGAGCUGAUGGAGUGCCCUCAUCUGAGCUCAAACAUAAGCGGUGCCUUUGAUUCCUCCAGGUUCCCUAACGGUGCUCCGUCUUCUUGGUGUUGCAACGUUUGCAGGUCUAAUAAAAGUCCAUGGAUUUGCCUUACUUGUCUGGUGGUCCACUGUGGACGAUAUGUCAAUGGACACGCAAAGAAACACUUUGAAGAGAACCAAGUCCUUGGUGUUAGUCAAAGGAAGAGUGAGAAACAUGAAAAAGAGAAAAUCCAUCAUUCUAUUUGCAUGGAUUGCAGCAGCUACAGUGUGUUUUGUUACAGAUGUGAUGAAUUUGUUGUCAACGACACCAAACUUGGGCAGGUGCAGAAGGUGAGGGAACAUCUUCAGAGUUUAGAAAAUUCAGCACUAAUGGGUGACAGGCAAAGGAAAAGAAAACUUCAGGACAGCCCAGCAGCAGAUGGCAAGCUGUUAAAAGACAAUGAUGGCAUGGCUUUAGGUGCUACAGGCCUGCGCAACUUGGGCAACACGUGCUUCAUGAAUGCCAUUCUGCAGUCCCUCAGCAACAUCGAGCAGUUCAGCUGUUAUUUCAAGGAACUGCCUGCUGUGGCUCUACGCAGUGGUAAGACGGCAGGAAGAAGGAUGUACCACACCCGCAGCCAAGGGGACAACAGUGUAUCUUUGGUGGAGGAAUUCAGGAAAACUCUCUGUUCCCUGUGGCAAGGGAACCAGACCGCCUUCAGUCCAGACUCCUUGUUUUAUGCCAUAUGGAAAAUCAUGCCAAGUUUCAGAGGUUAUCAGCAACAGGAUGCCCACGAAUUCAUGCGUUACCUGCUCGACCACCUCCACAGGGAGCUACAGUACAGUCGUAACGGGGCUUCUCAUCCAAUCUCGCCUCAGGAUGGAGUCAGACUUUCUAGUGCAGAGGGCAAGUGCUGCAUCAACGGGACCGCCAGUGUUGUAACGUCUAUUUUUGGUGGUAUUCUUCAAAAUGAAGUCAACUGCCUGAUUUGUGGGACAGAAUCUCGAAAGUUUGAUCCAUUUCUUGAUCUGUCUUUGGACAUUCCCAGUCAGUUUAGACAAAAGAGAAAUAAGGACCAAGAGCCAGUGCCAACAUGCACCCUCCGUGACUGCUUACAUAGCUUCACUGACCUGGAAGAACUCGAUGACACAGAGCUGUACUACUGCCAUAAGUGUAAAAAGAGACAGAAAUCAACAAAGAAGUUUUGGAUCCAGAAGCUGCCAAAGGUUUUGUGCCUACACCUAAAACGGUUCCACUGGACUGCCUUUUUGAGAAACAAGGUGGAUACUUACGUAGAAUUUCCACUGAAAGGUCUGGACAUGAGGGGCUACUUACUUGAGCCAGAGAAGUCAUUACCAGGGAGCUGCCUGUAUGACCUUGUUGCUGUCGUGGUGCAUCAUGGAUCUGGGGUUGGGUCAGGGCAUUAUACAGCAUACGGCAGCCACGAGGGCCGCUGGUACCACUUCAACGACAGCACAGUGACUCUGACCAAUGAGGAUACAGUGAGGAAGGCCAAAGCCUACAUCCUCUUCUACGUAGAGAGGACUGGUCAGGUGCCCUCUGACAUGAGCGCAUCAAACAGCACAGCCACAAAUAAGCCUGCCGCGGACACUGCAACUGUGGACAGUGUUUCUUCAGAAAUAGUUUCUCAGGACAAAGUUGUAGCUGACACAGCAGCUACAGAAAUGGAUUUAGUGGAUGUGGCAGCCUCACACGGGCAUGUUGUGGAUGAAAAAGCUGUGGAAGACGCGAGCAAAGACAUGGCUACGCUGGCUGGGGCAUCAGUGAAGGCUGCAACGGAUGCAGAUACCUCAGACAAGGCUGCAACAGAGGAAUCUCACCAAGCUGUACAAACUGUCGCACAAUAAAUGAUUCUUUGAGAUUUCACUGCCUCAGACCAGCUCGUGACUUUGUUUUGGCUUCACCUCAAUCACAUUUGUCACAGUGCUUGAUUAUAAUUUUCACAUAACAUUCACAUUUCCACUUUUGUGUUUAUGACUUGUUUGAAAGCAUCGUGUUUAACUUGCUGCUUAAUUUGUUUAGUGGGACUUUUUGCAUGUAUUUUCUUGAUGAUGCAUUCCUCAUAUGAGGUAGGCUUCUCCAUAUUGAAUAGAUUCCAAAGGUGAUCGUUUAAAGUUUAAUGUAAUGAAGCUUUAGCCUUGGAAAACCUCAGUUGGUCCAAUGUUUAGCCUAGACUGAAGAGAUUUGUUGUCAAGAACACUGUGUUAUAUUUGGCAUUUCUAUUGUUUUUAAACUUUCCAGUGUUAUAUUUUUCACCUUAAGAACCCAGUAGUUCUGUUUUCCAGUCAUUAGAGUAUAUUUUAGGAUUUAGAAUGCAAUGCAUUUGACAGACUGGUGCUCAUUAGGGCUUUAGAAAGUUGUUUUAACUUCUUGAUCAGAACCAAUGUAAAAGAAGUGAUCCUUCUCAAAGUUUUGCCUGUACUGAUGCUGGAAUAUCAUGUGACAUUUUUAUGUUAAUUUGAAAUGGGCAUACACGGGGACCUAAUGAAAUUCUCUUAAAAAUGUGUAUCAGGCAACAUGAACAUGACAGAAUACAGUGGAGAAUGUUUUAUUAAGAUGUUUUUGUUUGCUGUUUUUAUCCACGACGGCAACCGGGCGACGCGGUGCCAAUAAAACCAGACAGGACGCCGAGGUUCACAUUAGUUGUUUUUGUUUUUGUUUUAGUGGUCUGUGUUAUGAAUCAUUUUACUACACUGUCUCAAGGAGAGAUGGUAAGAUAAAAAAAUAAAAGUACUG